AUGUCCACACUUGGGAAGAUAUCGAAGCUGACGGGUUACCUACCAAACGGCGCUGCUGGAGGACACACCGGAUUGCCACCUGGAGCUGCCCCUCUACUUCCCAAUAACGGUCGGAUCAUUCAAACUGGAGGCGUGAGAGUGCUUUGCGUGGCGGAUGUUCGAGGCAAUCUUCGAUCUCUGAACGAGCUUGCAAAGCAAGCACGCGCCGACCACAUCAUCCACACUGGAGACUUUGGUUUCUACGAUGGCACGUCCUUAGAUCGAAUUGCAGAAAAAACUUUAAAGCACGUUGCCCAAUACUCGCCUUUGAUUUCAGAACCAGUCAAGAAGGCGAUCGGAGCACCUGGAGCACCGGUAAAGCAGCGAUUUAAUGCGAGCGAUCUUCCUCUUUCCGAACUACCUCAAUUUCUCGACGGCAGUCUCAAACUCGACGUGCCUGUGUACACGGUCUGGGGCGCGUGUGAAGAUGUGCGGGUACUAGAGAAAUUCAGGUCUGGCGAAUACAAGGUCACCAACUUGCACAUUAUCGAUGAGGCACGUUCGAUGCUACUAGAAAUUGGUGGUGUGAAGUUGAGAUUAUUGGGCCUCGGUGGUGCUGUCGUGAUGCACAAGCUCUUCGACAAUGGAGAAGGACGAACGACUAUUGCAGGUGGUCAAGGCACCAUGUGGACAACGUUACUGCAGAUGGGCGAGUUGGUAGAUACUGCCAAUCGGGUUUACGACCCUACUGAGACCCGCAUUUUCAUUACACAUGCUUCACCAGCCCGUGAGGGUAUCCUCAAUCAGCUAUCCGUCACUCUAAAAGCCGACUUCUCGAUAUCCGCAGGCCUCCAUUUCCGAUACGGCAGUUCUUACAACGAAUUUAGUGUAAAUCCUACCCUGGACCACUACCGUGGGAAGCUUGCCGCAUCGAAAGCAUCCUUCAACGAUGUUUGGGAGACUGUGAAAGGCGAGGUCCAACCAGCUAUAUCACAGAACGAAGCACAACAAAACCUACUUCACAAUGCGCUUGAUAUAGUUGACAAGAUGCCAAGCACUGCUCUUGGUGGCAAUCCAUUUGGAGGUCCUGUUGGUGGAGCUAAUGCGGCGGGCGUUGGGCAGGUUGAUGAAAGCGCAUUUAAGAACAUGUGGAACUUCAAUCUGGCGGAUGCGGCUUUCGGUUGGUUGGUAUUGGAGGUCCAGGACGGCAGAAUCGGUACUGAGAUGAGAGCUCAAGGGUUCAACUUUGCACACCGAGGGGCAAAGCAGCACCCAGGACAUGCACAGCGGUCACCAGCUGCGCAACCUGCUCAGCAGCCCUUCAACCAAGGCCAGCAGCAACGUCCCACUCAACAACCACCGAGAGGCCCAGCUGUUCCUGAAGUGAAGUCAGAAUCGCCAGCACCAAAGCCAGCUACCCCACAGCCUCAAACCAAUGUCAACCUCCCAGGAACAGCGGACAAGAAGGAGAAUGAGAAGAUUUCAACUCCUGCGGCUACGAACGGUACUUCUAACGGUGAGGCUGCAUCCCCUGUCGCGAAGACUCAACCAAGUGAGCCUAUCAUUGGUUUAUUCGUUAUGAAUGUCACUUCCGAUGAUGCCGUCCGAGACCUGUUCAAGGACGAGGACAAGGAGAAGAUUCUGAAGAUCGAGAAGUGGGGUCAAUCCAACAAGGUAGCUCAUUUCAAGAGUAUUGAAGAGCGAGACGCUGUUCUAGCCAGUCUACCAGAGGAUGUGAAGUCUCGAACUGGUGAAGACCGAAGCCGACCACUGGUGAAGAUUUUCCAACCAAGAGAGAAUAAGUCUUUCGGUGGUAAUCGCGGUGGAGCAGGCAAUUGGGGUAGCAGCAGAGGUGGAAAUAGCUCCGGCACCCCUCAAGGCGGAUACCGUAGCGGAGGUGCGAGCGAUAGCGAAGGUGGCCGUGGAGGCCGUGGUGGACGUGGGGCUCCAAGAGGAACACGAGGUGGAGAAAGAGGCCGUGGACGAGGACGUGGCUUCAAGGGCGAAUCGUCCUCCCCAGCUCCAUCCAACGCAACACCUGCUACCGGCGACUCUUGA